AUGUCACGUCAAAGCAUUGCGUCAUUGGAAUCACAAUUAUCAUCAGCCAAUCAUGAAUUAGAAUUAGCUACUUUUCUGAAUAAAGGUAUACUUCAAACUAAUACAGAAUAUAAAUUACGAAUAGCAGAAUUAGAAGCUGAAAAUCUGAUCUUGAGGAAAGCCGAAAGCAGAUUAUCUAGAACAGAAGAUAAGUUGGAAAAAAGUGAAAGGGAUUUAGAAAAAGUUUUAUCAGAGAAGAUCGAUCAUGAAAACGAAAAAGAUGGAUUGAUAAAAGAGAAGAAUAGAUUGAAGAAAGAAAAAGAAGAUUGGGAACAUAAAUAUUGGUCGUUGAUUGGUAAAAUUGAAGGUCUAUAUGAAGAUGUUCCCAAGUUUCCGCAACUAAACGAAAAUGAUAAGAUGAAAAGAAAGAGAAAUGGUCUUAUAGGAGGAUCAGUCAAUAAAUCUUCAACGAAAGAGGAAAGUGUCACACCUAUCACAAAAACCCGACCUCCAGCCUCAGGUUCGAAGAGACGUUCUCUACCUCAUCCAUCGAUACAUGAACCAUCAGCGCAACCAAUAGCAUCGACAUCUAAAAUAUCUUUAUCACCUGUGCGACCUCCAACGAGAGCUCAAUCCAAGAAACGGAGAAGAGUCGAAGAUUCCGAUUCCGAUUCUGAUGAUCAAGGUUUUAACGAGGAGGCAUCGAUUGAUGGUGAAGAGAGCGGUGAUCCUUUGAGUGGGAGUUAUUCGCACAAUAGUCAAAUAACGCCACCGCAGCCUCGAAGCACACCGCGUUCGCGUCCAGCAAGCACUACGAUUUCAACAUCGAAACAGAAAAGGGCAUCAGGGAAUGCAAACACCAACGCAAAUGUGAAAAGUAGAGAAUCAGGUAAACAGCCCGCAAUCGUGUUCACUGUCAAAGAUGAACCGUUAAGUCCUGGUGGCGGUGGGAGCGACAGUGAUAGUGAUCCAUUAGCUAUGGUUUGA